AUGGCUCCUCCCAGCGUGCUCAUGGUCGGUACCGGCGAGUACACCACCGGCUACGUCGGCGGUGCCGCCUCGGGCUCAGACAAAAAGGUUGGCGUCGUCGGCUUGACUCUGUUUGAUCUGCGCCGACGAGGCAAAGUAGGCGACCUCAGCAUGGUCGGUGUCUCUGGCCGCAAGUUUCCUGGAAUCCGCGAGCAUCUCCACAAAAACAUAACCCAAGUCUACAACAACCUCGACACAUCCUUCACCAGCUACCCAGCCGACGACAGCACCGAUCCCGAUGCCUACAAAGCCGCAAUCGACGCCCUCCCCCGCGGCUCCGCAAUCACAAUCUUCACCCCCGACCCGACCCACUACCCGAUCGCCCUCUACGCCAUCGAGCGCGGCAUCCACGUGCUCGUGACAAAGCCCGCCGUCAAGACUCUUCCCGAACACAUUGCUCUCGUCGAAGCCGCCCGCAAACACAAUGUAUUUGUUUUCGUCGAGCACCACAAGCGCUUCGACCCCGCGUACUCGGACGCCCGCGCAAAGGCUCAGAACCUCGGCGACUUCAACUACUUCUACUCUUACAUGAGCCAGCCCAAGUUCCAGCUCGAGACGUUCAAGGCGUGGGCAGGUAAGGAGAGUGAUAUCUCGUAUUAUCUGAACUCGCACCAUAUCGAUAUCUGUGAAUCCAUGGUUGGUACCAAGUAUACCCCAGUCAAGGUGACCGCGAGCGCAUCUCAGGGGACGGCGGUCGAGCUGGGCUGUGUGCCUGAGACGGAGGAUACAAUCACGUUGCUUGUGGACUGGAAGCACAAGGAGAUUCCCGGAAAGGUAGCGACAGGUGUGUAUACGGCUAGUUGGACGGCCCCGCAAAAGGCGGGAGUCCACUCGAAUCAGUACUUCCACUACAUGGGCUCCUCGGGUGAGGUUCGCGUCAACCAAGCGAAGCGUGGCUACGACGUCACCGGGGACGACUCCGGCCUAAACUGGAUUAACCCAUUCUACAUGCGCUACGCCCCCGACGAAGAAGGCAACUUUGGCGGCCAGACCGGAUACGGCUACAUCAGUUUCGAAAAGUUCAUUGACGCCAUCACAGCCCUCAACGAGGGCCGCGUUACUCUCGACGACCUGGACAAGAGGCCCCUCCCCACACUCAAGAACACGAUUGCCACGACGGCGAUCUUGCACGCUGGUCGGAUCUCGCUGGACGAGAAGCGGCCCGUUGAGAUUACGGAGGUGGAUGGAAAGUGGGAGGUCAAAUAG